AUGGCCUCCAAGGACGGAUACUCGUGGACCAAGGCGGACGGCCUGCGCGCCGGCAUCCCCUGCCUCGGAGCCAUCCAGCCAGCUUCCAACAUCACCAACACAGACAUAGAGUACGACGUCAUCGUCGUCGGCGCAGGGUACUCUGGUCUCACGGCCGCCCGCGACACAAGCGUAGCAGCAAAACCCCGCCCAGGCCUCAAGGUGCUUCUCCUCGAGGCCCGGGACCGCAUCGGCGGCCGCUCGUGGUCCUCCAACAUCGAGGGAUACCCGUACGAAAUGGGCGGCACCUGGGUGUACUGGGGCCAGGCGACCGUCUGGCGAGAAAUCGCCCGCUACGGGAUGCAGGACGAGCUGGAAAUAUCGCACGACUUCAGCAGAGGCAUCAACCGGUUCCUGCUAGCCGGGGCCGAAGGCACGCAGAGCCUCACCCACGACCAAGAAGACGCGCUGAUGCAGUCAGGCCUGUCCAAGCUCGUCAACGUAGACGGCGUCCACGGCCGCAACGUCAUCCCCUUUCCUCACAGCGGCCUGCUCAACCCCCAAGCCCGGCAGUACGACCGCGUCUCGGUGGCCGACCGCCUGGCCGCCAUCAACAACGAGCUGACGCCCAACGAGCGCCUCUGCGUCGAGGCCUUUGUCCUGCUCUGCAGCGGCGCCACGCUGGAAACCACCUCGCUGUACGAGUUCCUCCACUGGUGGGCGCUCUGCGGCUACUCGUACGACGGCUGCGUCAACCACCUCGUCAGGUACAAGUUCAAGCGCGGCCAGUCGUCCUUUGCGGUGCGCUUCUUCGGCGAGGCCCUCGCCUCGGGGAACCUGAGCUACGCGCUGGGCCAGCCCGUCGCCGCCGUCCGCGACUCGCCCGCCGGCCUGGUGGCCGUCACCACGCGCGGCGGCCAGACCUUCCGCGCGAGGAGGAUGGUCUGCGCCGUGCCGCUCAACGUCCUGCCCGACGUGCGCUUCGACCCGCCGCUCUCCGGGGGCAGGGAGGCCGCCGCCCGGGCCGGCCACGUCAACCAGACGGUCAAGGUGCACGCCGAGAUUGCCGACCGCGACCUGAGGUCCUUCACCGGCGUCAGCUACCCCCAUAACGCGCUCAUUUAUGGUUUCGGCGACGGCGAGACGCCGCGGGGGAACACGCAUGUCGUUGCGUUUGGGGGGCAGCAUAACCACUUCCACCCGGAGGAUAGUAUUGAGCGCACCAUUGAGGCUUUCCAGGGCUUCGCGCCAAUGAAUGUGGAGAGGAUUGUCUUUCACAACUGGUCUCGUGACGAGUUUGCAAAGGGAGCGUGGUGA